CGCAGCUGAUAUUUUUCAGGUAGGAGUAUGAUCUAAUCGAAAUUCUGUCAUUUAUUCAAACAUCAGAACAAAUUAUGUGUAGUUUUCAAAGUUUUGAAGAUUUUGGAUGGCGUGUCUUUGUUAUUCUGGCAUAAAUCUAUUGCAAAUCGUCUCCAAAAUGAUAAUAUUGUUUCAGAUUUAAUAUAGCCAAAUGUUUUAGAUAGUAGUGUUUCUCUUUCCCAAUAGAAAGAGAAUUUUAUUUCAGAUCCUUUGUGUUAAAUCAAGAAGCUGGCAGGUUUUGUUUACUUGCUUUUCUGAAAACUAUGUCUGUUAAUUUGACAGAAGAUGAUGUUCAAACAAUACGUGAUGUUCUGCGACAGAUUGGAUCGGGAAGCAGUCAAGGACUCUCGACGGUGUACACUCCUAACGUAAACCCUGCUUUGAAUGGAUACAACAAGCCCCCUAAAGGUUGCAAGUUCUCUGGAAGAAAUUCUAAGUUCAAGAGACAACCACAUGUUCCAGGGCAGCAGCAGCCUGUGGAACCGCGAGUUAACCCUGUGCUGCAGGCUAAAAUGAUGAGGCUUGCUAAGAUGAAUCUGCUUGGAGCUCAUGCCAGCACUGAGGGACCCCUAGGAUACGCGAAUAAGCCAACGGGAGCGAUUAAAACAGCAACUGAUGGGCUGAGUCAGAUUGAUGCAAUUUGCAGGACAGGGCUCCAUACUAGCUGGGAUAGAAUAGGAAGAGCGCCUGAAGAUAUAGUGAAACAGUGCUUAGAAGCGAACUACCUGAAGUUGAGAAAUACUUCAGACAUCACUUCAGAGCAACGAAUCAAGCAGCUGAUAUCUUCAUUGAGACUGCUGCUGAUCGAGUUGAACAUACCUUCGGAUGAGUUUUUGAAGUACUUUGAAGAGUACUUGAACUUGUUGAUUGAGGAGAAAAAUUGGAUUUCAAUCACACCCUCAACAGCUUUGUUCAUGGCUGUUAAUUCUGAGCAGGAUGACGGAAAACCAGAUGAACCAAACAAAGACUCCUGGUUUACUUGUAAGAAAUGCAAGUAUGCCUACCCGCCGCAAAAGUUCCCCUGCAUGAUUUGCGGCUCUACAUUCAAAACUAUUUCAGAUCUGUUUGCACAUAACUUUGAAGUUCACUGUAAGCUUGUUUUUGAGUCGUUCCAAUGUGAGAUAUGCUGUCGUGACUUUGGCCAGAACCCGAUUGCUCUGAGAGGUCACUGUAACGCAGAUCACUUUUGUAAGUUCGCUCACGUGGAGUGCCCGUACGGGUGCAAGGUUUUAAUAGUAGAGGAGGGUAAAGGUACUCUGAAUCAGCAUUUGUACACUGAACAUCUAUGUAGGAUCUGCAACGACCUUGUUGGCAAGUCUCUGACUGACCAUCAGAACCAUUUUCACUCUUUGGAUAAGAACGCCGACUUAAAGGGCAAUCCGAUUGUCGAAGCGCUAACCGCGCCGCCAACGCAGCCGCAAGUUAAUGGUCAAGCCAGUAACGGUUUUAAAAAUAACCAACCCAGAAAGCCAUGGCAGCCUAGAUCGAAUAAGUACGGCAAUGAUGGACGAGGCAAAAGUUUUGACAGGAAAGGGUCAAAAUGGGACAGAGGGGCAAGGUCUCGAGACAAGUCUCAUGAUCGGAAGCGAAGAUCAAGAAGCAGAGGCUCACGCAGCCGAAGAUCCAGAAGCCGAGAACAAAGUAAACGUUCCAAAAGAAGUCGAAGUCGUGACCGAAGUUCAAGGCACAGUCGGGAUAAGAAACGAUCAAGAUCAAAGAGUCGAUAUUCUAGAGCUAGUUACGAUAGUAAAGCAGACAAGAAAUCGGAGCAUCGAAGUUUUGAAACUCACAGCACGCGGGAUACGAAUAAGUCGUUUUCAGCCAUUGAGAUCCCAAUUGCAUCUCCGCCUCAGCGGAUGUAUAGUCCGUUGUCUGAAACAGAACCACUUACAUAUGGCUCGGUAAAUUUGAAUGAAGAGCGAUCGAACCCGGUUUCACUAGGAGUUUCAAUGCCACAGACAAGUACCGCUUCUAAAGGAGAUGCAAAUGUUUUCACUGCUCGCUGGUUUUUAGGCGAUGAAAAAUUAAGUUGGCUGAAAUGUGCUGACUGUUUCCACAAAGUCCCUCCUCCCGGAACCUACUCGUGUCCUGUUUGUCCUGGCGAUUACGAACUGCCCAGCUCUUUGUACAGACAUGUGGAAGUGUCGCACGGAUUUGCUGUUCCAAGAUCAUUCGACUGUGAGUUCUGUUCGGAGAUAUUUAUAAACGCCGCCAAGUGGGACGAUCAUAUGUAUGCCCAUCAUUUAUGCAAAGUUCACAGACAGAAUCUCGCAGGAGUUACAGGGUCUGAAAGUGCGACCUCAUUUGACCCUCGGGAGAAACCGAACGUGGACUUAGCCGUGAACGUCUCUUAUUGUACCGAGUGUGAACAUAGCACUUGGAAGGGGUAUGUUGCGAGUGAGCCUAGAAGGGGUAUCAGCAGUGUCCACGUGAAGUGCCCAGUCCCUGAGUGUCCUAUGAUGUUCCAUUCACAACUCGCAGCAGACAGACACUUCGCCACAGAUAAAAGAUGCGCUAAGUACAGGUUGGACGACAAUCUGAAGAUGAAACACUGCGUGUCGUGCGUGCUGUCCAUGAAACCAACCCGAAUUUUGUGCUCCCAUUGUCCACCCGAACUGUGCGAAUACACGAAUGAGUACGAACUACUCGACCACAUUCUGUCAACACACUUCGUCGAUUCCAGGUUGACAUUGAUUCCCUCCUUCGAUUGCGAUUUCUGUCAACGACAGUUCACCGACUCACAGUUUGGACUCUACAUUGCUCAUCUGAGCCGAGAACAUAAGUUAUGCGCUUUGCAUAAAUUUUGUGACGAAUCUCUAGAAUGCGAGUCCAUGUUUCCCCGUGAUUGGGACGAUCCUUGUGUUAAGUGCGCCGACGGAUCGACGACAGCUGGAAGUACGUCAGUGCCAAUUCAGGUAUCCAGUGGGAUGUUCCAGAGUCCAGGGUUCCCCGGUGUAUCGAAUACACCAGCUCCCAGUUUUAACCUUCCCAAUCCAGUUGCUUCUAUGCAGGCUACUGGUGCCAGUGAACCACUGACUGAUGUCGGUUACUUUAGACUGUCAAGUGCACUCCAGUAUUUUAACUGAACUCAGUUUCGAAAACACGAAUUUGUCUUGCAUGAGUAUUUAUUUCAGAAAGAAAGUAUGCCUAAUGGUUGAAAUUGGAGGUCAAAUAAAUUUGUUAACACA